UAAAAUAUUGUUGAGUUCGUUGAAAGUGAAGUUUUUCUCGCAGAAGUUUUCACGGGAUCGAUUGUUCAAGACUGGAAUUAAUUACAUGAAUAAAUAAGAAAUACGUAACAUAAACUCGGUAAGAGAGGAUAGAAAAAUGGUGGGGAUUCCCACUUCGGAAAUCAUUUACAGCAUUUGAGCUAGUCCCCCGUGAACAGUGUAACGAAGUAGACAAGCAGUCGUGCAUACUAAGACUCGAGUUCAUCGAAAAAACUUUACUGCAAGGAAAGUUCAUCAUAUAUGCGUUGUGAUUCCGAAGUGGGAGACAUGCUUGAUUAUAGAGAUAGUCAUGCCGCAGUACUCACGGACCCUGACCGAUCUAAUCGUCCAUCUAAUUCGGAUAAUCUAAACGAAAGAUCAAUACCAGGAGGAUGGACCAUCACAUUAACUUUAGCAGCUGUUACCUGCUGCUUAGGUUCAGCUGUACCAGCAGGAUUUAAUAUAGGAGUACUAAAUAAUGCAGCUCAUCUGGUGGGUGCAUUUUGUAAUGAAAGUAUUAGAGAAAGAUAUGGUAUGGAUGUAUCCGAAAAUGGCCUGAAAAUAGUUUGGUCUAGUGUUGUCUCAAUUUUUCUCAUUGGAGGGGCAGCUGGUUCAUUUCUCUCAAGCUGGGUAGCAGAUAGAUAUGGAAGAAAAGGAGCGCUGUUUGUUGGAAACAUAUUUGGCAUUAUAGGAGCUGCAAUGUUUUUUCUAAUACGCAAAUUAAAUUCAAUCGAAAUUUUGUUAGCAGGCAGAUUAGUUGUUGGACUAUCUGGAGGUUUCGCGACAAGCAUAGUACCAAUGUACAUGUCAGAAAUUGCACCACUUAGGUUAAGAGGUGCAGUUGGAGUAAUAUGUCAACUAGGAAUUACAUGUGGAGUAUUUUUAGGGCAAAUUGCAGGGCUUGAUACAGUUCUAGGAACUGAAAAUUCUUGGCAUUAUAUGCUAGGAGCAUUUGUUCCAUUAUGUAUAUAUGCCUUGGUUUUUACAAGCAUUAUUUUACCAGAAAGUCCUAAAUAUCUAUAUAUAAUCAGGGAACAGAAGCAGAAAGCUUUGGAUGAACUCAGUAGAAUACGUAAAAUGGAUAUAAUGUUACUAGAAGUGGAAAUUUCUAGUCUACAGCAAGAAAUAGAAACAAAAACAACAGCCGAACCUUGGACUAUCAAGCGCAUUUUUAAAGAUCCAAAUCUAAAGCUUCCUGUAUUUUUAGUUUGUAUAAUACAAUUCGGUCAACAGAUGAGUGGUAUAAACGUUGUAUUUUACUAUUCUAACUCCAUAUUUAUCAAUGCUGGACUUGGCAUUACUGGAGCACAAUAUGCUACUCUUGGUACUGGCGUGGCUAACAUUGGUAUGGCUCUUGCUUCAGUACCAGUGAUGUCAACUUUGAAUAGGAGAGGUGUUCUACUUACUAGUAUAUAUUUGUGCUUAGGAUGUUUGAUAGUUUUAUGUAUUUCCAUUUUAUUUAUUCAUUUGUCAUCACAUAUGCCAAUAAUAUGUACAAUAGCCGUUCUGGCUUAUGUGAUAUUUUAUGGAAUUGGUCUUGGACCAAUACCAUACUUCAUUGGAUCUGAAUUAUUCGACGUUGGUCCUAGACCAACAGCUAUGGCACUUGGUAGUGUUUUUAAUUGGGGUGGAAAUUUUAUAGUAGGCAUGACUUUCCCAACAAUAGAAAGUAUUAUGGGACCAUAUACUUUUUUAAUAUUUGCCGUAUUUCUUUUAUUGUUAGGACAAAUUGUUAGGAUAUACUUACCUGAGACUAGAGGAAAGAAUACGAUGGAUAUAGCAGCAUUAAUAAGUCAAGGAUUUAACUCUAGACCAAAUUCCAUCCGUCAUACUUAAAUUUAAAAACUGGUACUUUAUAUGGUCUAGUGAAUAGAUAGGUUUACAAUUUUUUCGUUGUAAGGUUUAUGUAAAUAUUUAAUUAAUAAGGGUUAUUUUUUUACGAUUUAGAUAAGAAAUUUAUUAUACUUUUAUUUUUUAUUUUGUUAAUACUACAUUUAUCUAAACAUCUGUAUCUAAAUAAUUACAAAUUUUGAAAUAUUCGAUUUAUUAAUAUAAUACAUCAUUUAAUUAUUUUCGAAUACAUGAAAAGAUAAAUUGUUAGAUUUUACAUUUGUUAACGAAAAUUACAGUCAGAUAACAUUGACACUAAGUUUCCGGUAAACAAACCAAUGUUUUUAAAUAUGUAAUUGUUAUUCAAGUAUAAAGCAUUUCACUGCCCAUGUAA